CUCCACUGAUUGUCCAUCAAUUGGGAAUGCCUUCGGUGAAUCAGGGGUGAACGACGUCUUCUCGUCUUGAAGCAAAGGCCUACGCUUUGUCCACCCGUCUUUGUCCCGAGUCACUUGCGCGGGGACGCGUGACCGCUCACACGCAAGCUCUACGUCACAACAUCCUCUCGAGUCUCCUCCAGCUCCCAUCGCUUCCGAAGCUCCAGCUACACCGCACCCUCUCACACACCGCAUUAACUGUCGAUCUUGCUCCCUACCUGACCUGCAGAAGCGCUGGGCUGUGUAUCUGGCAUCUGCCCACCCCCAUCCUCCGUCAGCCACACCUCAAUCUCACCCAAACCUCGUCACUCCUUUCCAUUCCACACCAUGUCCGACGACAACAACAAUCAAGGGCACUCCCCGCCGCCCUCGCACCGACGCCGCACCUCGUUCGUCGGAGAGACAUUGGCCGACUUGUUCGGAUCCGGGCGUGGUUCGAUGAAUCGCUCCACAAACGAACCGAACAACUCCCCACCCACCCAGCAAAUGCCGGGCCCCAUCUCACAAGCCGCCGCCCAAGCUCAGCGUCGUCGCCUCUCGCUCACCACUCUCGGUCUCUCUGCCUCCCCCAACCAGUCGUCUGCCUUUGCCUCCAUGCGUGGGCGCGGAGACAGCCUCACCUCCACCAACAGCGGCAGUCCAGAAGAGUCAGCAAUUGCCGAGGACGACGGGCAGGGCCGUGAGUCGAGCCUGAGCAGCAGCCCCUCCAACACCCCAUUCCAGCGUCGCACCAGUUUCGGAGCAAGAGCGUUGCGGGACAUUCGCACCGGCUCAUUCAGUGGGCAACAGGCGGGCAGUGGAGGCGGAGGAAGCCCGGGACAGAAUGGUACAUCAUCGUCCAGUAAUGGCUCUGCGAACAAAUCUUCCCACACCAGGACAAUCUCUUCCCGAGAUGCCAAGGGUCGAGGCUCGAGCGAGGGAUUCAACUGGUCGGAUAAUCUGCGUUCGCGUGCGGAGCGUACCUCAAUCGCCGGUCAAGGCGGACUGGGAGGUGCUGCCGCUAGCCCUCCUCGCCCUCAGAACGUUCCGCCGAUGGAGGCGCCUCCCGUGGCACCUCCCAAGCCCAAGGAGAGGCCUAGACCGGAUCACUUCCAGGAGCGUAUUCUCAAGGGCGAUUUCUACAUGGACUGAUUAAGAAUCGGUGGCACUACUCUCACCCUCAGUCGAAUGUUUGAGAGUCUUAGGUGGAACAUUUUGACGUGGGACUCGGGAUUAUGAAGGACCCAGAGUGAAGAAGCAAGGUGCUGAGGAGUUGUUUGGUGUUUUGAUUUACGACACGCUCGUUCAGAGUGGUUUUACGAAGGACACGAUCAGGCGGGUGGGACUGCCGUAGCAUUUCUUGAAGUGUACCAGUAGCUCUUUCUAGCUCAUGCGGACAGACAAACCGGAUG